AUGGACCAUCGUGAAGCAUCCCACGACCUUCGUCGAGAGGAGUCUGGCACUUACGGCAUCGACGAGAAGAUCCACGACUCCGCCCAUGUUGAGAACAUCAAAGGCCAAGAUGUUGGUGUUAUUAGCGGUCUAAGCCUCGAGGAGCAGAAUAAAAUCAUCCGACGGAUCGACCUGCGACUUCUCCCGAUCCUAGGCAUCAUGUACUCGAUCUCGCUAAUUGACCGAACAAAUCUUGGUCUAGCACUUGUUGCGGGCAUGCAGGAGGAUCUAGGACUGGCGGUGGGAAAUCGGUACACAGUCAUCGUCAUGGUCUUCUUUGUUGCAUACAUUAUCUUCGAGAUUCCUAGCAACCUUAUCCUCCCGAAAGCCGGUCCAGCAAAUUGGCUGUCUUUCCUUGGCGUUGGCUUUGGUGCUGUGCUUAUCGGCAUGGGCUUCACAAAGAGCUGGGGUAUGAUGGCCCUCUGCCGUGCUUUGCUGGGAGUUCUAGAAGCUGGUUUUCUUCCGGGAUGCACAUAUCUCAUCACCUGCUGGUACACUCGUUUUGAAGUCGGAAAGAGAUUAUCUGGGUUUUGGAUUCUGUCCGUCAUCACAGGUGGCUUUUCUGCCAUUUUCGCAUAUGUCUUGACUCUUUUAAAGGGCAAGGGAGGACUCAACGGAUGGAGGUGGAUCUUCAUCAUCGAGGGCGCCAUUACUGUCGUCGUCUGCGCCAUCGGCUGGUUCACCAUCAUCGACUUCCCCACGCAAGCUGGAAAGUUCUUGAAGCCAGCUGAACAAGAGUUCAUCAUCGCUCGCAUUAACCAAGACCGGGGAGAUGCCGAGGAGGACAAGAUUGAUGGGGCAAAGAUUUUACACCAUCUUAAGGACUGGCGGUUGUAUUUUUGGGCGUUCAACCUCAUGGCCUCGACAUUGCCCGGUUACGCUUACUCCUACUUUCUACCCAUCAUUCUCCGCAACGGCAUGGGCUUCAGCAGCACCCAGGCUCAGCUGCUAUCUGCCCCGCCGUCCGUACUAGCUGCCAUCAUGGCCUACAUUUCGGGCUGGCUUGGUGACCGGUAUAAGAUGCGCGGCCCGAUUAUUGCAGUGCAUCAGGCUCUGACGGCUGUCGGCAUGUUGAUAACUGUCUAUGGGAAGGCAAAUGGUGCUCGAUACUUUGGAGCUUUUCUUGUUGCUUCAGCGACAUGUCUCAUUGGUGGUGGCGUUGGUGGGAUUAUCGCGAGCACGGCAUUCAUGGCAAAGGAGAGUCCUCAUUAUACGAAUAUUUGA